UCUCUUCAUUAUUAAUUGACUCGUAUAUCUUUCCAAAAUCCGUAUGAAUUGUUGGCUGAUUAUCAAGUUAAGGGUUAGUUACCAAUCAAAUUUUCAAAGUAAUGCUAGUUGAUAAUAGGCAAAAUACACCUGCAUAGCCAUAACUUUCACACUUUUGAAAAAUAUAGCCGUUUCUAUUCGAAAACCACAAAUAGCCCAAAAAACGGAGGGUAGUAUGACAAAUCUAGCAAAAAAUGUUAGAAACUUUAACACCGUCUGCGAUUCCAUUAACUCGUUUGACGGAACGCUGACGAGGAUGGAAUCCGACCUCCACAUGAUUGACACUUCAGCAAAAUGUACAUGUGGAAUGCCAUGUGUAGAAAAAAAAUGUUUUAUCUGCUUACUUACCCCCCUUCUCCUUCCCUACAACCCUAUAAAACAAAUUCUCACGAUUUAGGGUUCGCACCUGGUGGAGACGACGCCGCCGCUCGAGACCACGACGCCGCCGCUCGAGACCACGUCGUCGCCGCUCGAGACCACGUCGCCGCCGCUCGAGACCACCACCGCCGUCAUUCAGUCCUUUUCUGCUCGCGCAUCUGUCGUUCCGAAAUCCCCAUCAUCUUCUUGAUUUGCAGCGAUGUCACAGCGGGGCUCUUCCUCGGCGACCAACCUCAGCAGGUGUGGGACUGUGCUUUGAAAGCAUAACGUUCCCGCCGUGAUUAAGACGUCGGGUAUCGAGACUAACCCAAGCAGGCAAUUUUAUGGAUGUCCUUAUUGGAAGCAGGUAAGGGAUAGAUUGAUUGUCGAGUUAUUUCGGUCCCUUUGAGUGUUCUUACCUCUAACUAUACCAUAUGGAUAGUGCAGAAUGAGAGUGAAAAUCCAGGGAAGAAAAAUUGUCAGUUUUUUAGGUGGGUUGAGAUGGUUGGGGAUGAAAUGGAGGACCGAAAGGGUUCUAUGGAGAGCCUAAUAUGCCAACUCGAGCACAGUUUGCUCCUCGCUGAGUCUAAGGCAGAGAGGAGGAAGAAGGAGAAAAAGAGACUAGCUCAAGAUAUGAUGGUCUGGAUGAAAGAUCGCGAGACUCUGUUAGCCCAAGGAAUGAGAUUGAAUGAUGAUGUUCGAUUUAUUCAUAUUAUGUUAACAAUUCUUCUUGUUGUGAAUGCCUCUUUCCUUCUUGUUUUGUGGGGAUACGAAUCUGGUAUGUAAUGGUUGUCUAAUGCAAUGGUUGUCUUUCUUGUCUAAUGUUAACAAUUCUACCUGUCUAAUGCAAUGGUUGUCUUUCUUGUCUAAUGUUAACAAUUCUACCUGUCUAAUGCAAUGGUUGUUGUUCAAAUAUCGAGUGUUUGUAAAAAGUGAGGAUAGCUUGAAUUCAAAAUACAAAUAGCAAUACUAC